CCUUCCUUGUGUUUCCUGAAUUAACUAACACCAACUAGCUUACCACUGUAGAGAUAAUAAUAAUUGUAACAACAAGCAAAUUAGUGUCAAUAAUCCGAGCUUAAUAAUGGAGAGGGAGGGUAGAUCAACAGCCAGGGGUGAAAGGGGUCGUUCCCCAUCAUUACCCCGACGGUCUUCACCACCACCUACUCGACGGUCUUCAUCACCACCUUCCCGACGGUCUUCAUCACCACCUUCCCGACGGUCUUCAUCACCGCCGCAGACAGCGCCGCGAUCGCCGACAGCAGAGGAAAUCCCAGAUCCCGCAGCCAUAACAGCAUACUUUGACUCCUUCUUUGGUCCCUCACCUAAUCGCACACCACCAGUCUCAUCAUCUACAGCAUACUUUGACUCUGUCUUUGGUCCAUCCUCCACGGGACGGCUGAGAGAUCACCAUACUCCAGUAAAUCAAGCAGGAACAUCUCAUCCAGAUGAAAAUCACGACUAUAUAAGGACAACGACUCCAUGGCCAUAUGCCUCAUCGAUAUACUACGGUGGCCAAGAUGUUAUUGUUUUUCCCAAGAACAAGAAGCCGCCGCCUAGAAACGAAGAUUGAUGAUAUAAAUGAUGAAACGUAUGCUAACAUAGGAGAUUGGUGGAAAGGGUCAUACCACUACUGAUGAGAGAUCAUAUAUAGCCUCAAACACAAUACAUACAAUAAGGAGUUGCAUGUGCAUGUCACACAUCACUUCAGUUUCUUUUUCUUUUUUUCUACAUUUGUAUAAGCUAGCUCACUUGUAGACUAAAGUGAUUCUGGCAAUUAUCCAACCUACAUCUUGAAUAAAAGGAUAAUGUUGCCAAGGUCUCUAUCAAUAUGUGUAAUCUCUAUUUAGUACACAAAUACUACAAACCAGCGCGUUUGAUAAUGAGAAGUAUUACAGAUACAUAUACAUGCUUUGACGACUUAAUUAUUAUAGUUUUAAUUUGAC